AUGAGUGAACCACCGAAAUUUCGAAAUGAAAAUAAGCUAACAGACGAAGAACUAUUGGCGAUAUUAGAAACGGAUAUUUACGACCAUUAUUUUAAUGAUUCGAUACUAGAAAAUGGUUCAAGUGAUAUCGAAGAGACUGAUAUAGUGACUCAAACUAAUGAGAUAGAUGAUGUUUUGCAAGUUAGUGAUAGUGAGAAUGAUUUGGCAGAUUCUUCAGCUGUAAUUGGCCAAUCAAUAACUCAUACAGAAAAUCCAACUUAUACUUCUAAAGAUGGUAGUGUGUGGGCAAAAGUUCCACUUACUGCGAGGACAAAGAGAAGAAAAUGUAAUAUACAAACUGGUCCAACAGGCAAAGAAGGAAACAAACCAGAGAAAGGUCAAGGUCAAAGGGUAGUAUUAGACCUGGUAAACCAUUUAUCUACAGGAUAUGGGAUAACUACUGAUAACUUUUUUACCAGUAUUGAGUUGGCCAAUAAGCUCUUAGAUAAAAACAUUACCUUGUGUGGAACACUGCGUAAAAAUAAACCUUAUAUUCCAAAAGAACUACUUCCAGCAAAAUACAAGAAAGAUUUUUCAAGCAUGUUUGCUUUUAUGGAAAAUAAAACAUUAGUUUCUUACGUACCAAAGAAAAAUGCGGCAGUUAUCCUUUUAUCAACAGAACAUAACGAUGACAGAAUAAGUGGAGAGGAAUGUGACUAUAAACCGGACAUCAUUUUACACUACAACAAAACUAAGGGUGCAGUAGAUACAACAGAUAAAUUGGCAAAGGAAUUUACCACUCAAAGAAAAAGUAAUCGAUGGCCGAUGGUAAUAUUUUUCAUCUGCUGGAUAUUGGUGGCAUCAACGCCUAUAAACUAUGGAUGUUGA